GGGUGCCCUCCCACUCCAUCACCAACACCUCGCAUCUUCCCAACUGGCAACAUCAACACUGGGCGGCUGAAAAUCAAGAUGUUCGGUGCUUCAAACCCAUCAGCCUCGGCUGCCCCAUCCUCAGGCGGACUGUUCGGCUCGGCUAAACCUCAGAACUCAGGAAAUAUCUUUGGCUCCUCAUCCACGACAUCCGGAGGGCUAUUCGGCGCGUCCACAACCACUUCGACACCUCAAACCACUGGGAACCUGUUUGGAUCGUCCACAUCGGCUGCUACCACCCCCCAGACUGGACUGUUCGGGAGUACGAACCAACAAGCAACGGGUCAACAGACAGGAAGUAAUCUAUUCGGUGCAUCGAGUCAAAAUACUACCUCGACUAACUUGUUUGGAUCGAAUAACAACGCGACGGGCGGUGGCACUGGAAACCUGUUUGGCAGUACUCAAGGGAACAGCACCCCAACUGGAUUGUUCGGAAGCUCCAAUCUGCAGAAUGCAGGUCAACAAUCAGGCAGUAAUCUGUUCGGGUCUUCCAAUCAGAAUACACCCUCUACCAACUUAUUUGGAUCGACUAACAACAACCUCAACACGAGUGGGGUCGGAAACCUGUUCGGUGGCAAUCAAGGAAAUUCAGCUCCUCUCGGCAAUUCGUUUGGUACUAAGGCUUCUAGUGUCCCCGUUACACCUGCACCGUCCGUAUCGCAGAGUAACCCGGUGUUCACACGUACCACGCGGUUUAAUGACCUACCUGAAGACGCGAAAAAGCAACUGGAAACGCUAGAUGCAAUGAUCCAGACCCAAUGUCGACAUUCGGAUACGUUGAAAGCCAUGCAGCUUGGGACCGAAAUUACGGAGGGUACCUCACUAUUGCGUCAAGUUACCUCGGAGAUGCAUGCCACUUCAGCCUCGGUGAAAACUUCAUCAAACCUGCUAGAUUCGAUCCGACAAUCGAUCGAUGGCGACGUUGCGGAUUUGCUCAACUUGGCGGCAAUUGUGGAUGCUCAUCAUUCUCAACGCAUGGCUGUUGGUUCCCACAAUGCUGCUGAAUCGCUGCCCAACCCCAUGAAGUUCCAGUUUGAAUUUUUUUCUCAAAAGGCGGCCGACAUGGAGGAACGUGUGAAGCGCUAUCGCCAAACCAUCGAUUAUGUUGAAUUGCAGUUAAAGGGACUCUUCGAUCGACCUAGCCCUGCGUCCAUCGUACCGGCUCUGAAGGCACAAUAUUCUACAUUUAUGGUGUUGGCUGACAAGGUAGCUCAACUGGACACAGCGGUAAGGAAUUUGAAGGAAGAAUACCGAGACAUUUGGAGGCACCAAACCGGCUCUGUUCGAGAUCCGUUUGCAGAAAUCGACCAAGCUUUCGGCCUGGGCAGUUCGACAGCAACGUUUCAAGCAGGAUAACAAUCCUUAUCUUUUCAAGUAACACCUAUUUGUUGGUUUGGUGUAGUGCACCGCCGAUGCAAUCAAGCAUUGAGAUGUCACUUUUUCCUGUAUCCCCAGUCAGAGUGAGCCAACCCAGACUCAUACCCACAGCUUGCGCCGAGGAAAAUAAGUCUCAACGUGUCCCAGCCCCAUUGAUGGCUGGAGCUCGUUGUGUCCAUGCG